AUGACCACUCUUCGGGUACUGCUGCACGUUGCUGCUCACCGUGACUACGAGCUGCACUCCCUCGACUUCAGCACUGCUUUCUUGCAGGGCAGCCUGCACGAGGAGAUCUGGCUGCGUCGCCCAUCUGGCUUCAUUGGGUCUUUCCCUCCUGGUACCCAGUGGAGUCUCCGGCGUCCAGUCUACGGUCUCCGCCAGGCGCCGCGUGAGUGGCACGACACACUGAGGACUACGCUGGCGGCACUUGGGUUUGCUCCUUCCACUGCAGACCCGUCGCUGUUUCUGCGCACCGACACCUCUCUGCCGCCGUUCUACAUCCUCGUGUACGUCGACGACUUGGUCUUUGCCACAGCUGACACUGCUGGACUCGCCUACGUGAAGUUCGAGCUGCAGAAGAGACACACGUGCACUGACCUGGGUGAACUGCGCAGCUACCUUGGCUUGCAGAUCACCCGGGACAGAGCACGCCGCACCAUUACCCUGACUCAGUCACACAUGGUGCAGCAGGUCCUUCAGCGCUUCGGCUUCACGUACUCCUCGCCUCAGGCCACUCCUCUUCCUACUCGCCACUCGCUCUCAGCUCUGCCUUCGGAUGAGUCCGUAGAGUCGAGUGGCCUCAUUCUCGCACGCUAUGUUGCUCCUGGGAGACACCGAGCAGAGCACAUGGCUGCAGCGAAGAGGGUGUUGCGCUACUUGUGCAGUACGUCGGGCAUGGGGCUAGUGCUUGGAGGGCAGAGUCCAGUGGUCCUCACUGGGCACGCGGACGCUUCUUGGGCUGACGACCAGGCUACGCAGCGGUCGUCACAGGGUUACACCUUCAGCCUUGGUUCCGGCUCUGUUUCAUGGCGGGCUACCCGCUCGUCUUCUGUUCUCGGCUCCAGUUGUGAGGCUGAGAUCUACGCCGGGGCUAUGGCUGCCCAGGAGCUUCGCUGGCUCAUCUACCUGCUGACUGACCUUGGAGAGCCGCCUCGUUCUCCUCCAGUCCUGUACGUAGACAACAAGGCCAUGCUGGCCUUGUGUCGAGAGCAGCGACUGGAGCACAGGACAAAGCACAUUGCUCUCCGCUACUUUCUUGCUCGUGAGCUACAGCAGCGUGGACAGUUGCAACUUGCGUACGUGGCCUCUGAGGCCGACACUGCUGAUGUCUUCACCAAGGCACUUGCGCCUUGUGAUCAUCAGCGCUGCUGCACGCAGCUGGGUCUUGUGCCUGUCUUGCCUCACUUGCUCACUUCUUGA